CACUUCUGCCCAGCCCCAGCUCUCGUUUCCUGCCUCAGCUCAGGAGCCAAGGACUCAGGGGGGUCGGGGCCUCCGGCUUCCUCCGCCGGGCCCAGGCAGCCCUCGCACCCACAUUGCCGGCACGUGACCGGAAACCCAGCCGCUUCUGAGCUCCUCCCGGCUGUUGCACGAGCAGCCCCAGGCUGAAAUGGCCGCAGCGCCUCUGCACUCGUGCUGGGGGGUCCCUGAGCUCCGCUUCUUCCAUUCCCUCCUGGCCUUCUGGUGCGCAUUCGUGGGCAGUGGCUCUGCCGUGACAGUGACCCAGGCGCCAACCUUUGCCAAAGGCUUCCCAGGGAAAGAUGUUUCCUUCAGUUGCUCUGUUGAUGCUGCAAACUAUUAUUUCUACUGGUAUCGCCAAGUGCCUGGGAAGACAGAGCUGGAAGUCCUUGGGUACUUCUCCAGUUCCACAGACGAAUUUGAAGGGAGCCCAGCGGAGUGGAAGGGUCGGCUGAAAGCAAAGUGGAACGACGGAGCAAACAAAAGAUCCAUGAGCCUGGAUCUGACAGUUAAGCCAGAUGACACAGGCUUCUAUCUCUGUGCUCCGGUAGACACGGUGAAAGAGAGAGGAACAGUGGCAAGUGCAAAACUGAGUAUCAGGAACGAAUCUGCCCUUUAUUAUUUUCUAUUGAUAUCCAUCUUUUACCUGACAUCAUACCAAUCCAUGGGUAACUCUGCUUUACACCCUAGUGCCCUCAUAUUUAAAAUAGCCUUCUGCCAAUUUAUGCCUUUCAGAUGCACAGAACUACAGUGUUUACACUGGCCAUGGGGUGAGAGUUUUGUUCUAACACAGUAUAAGACCAUAAGAACAGUCCUGCAUGAUAAAGGCAAGGCCAUUUUAGCCCAGCAUUUAACUUCUCACAGUGGCCAGCCAGAUGUUUCUGGGAUGCUCGCAAACAGAAGACAGAGAUGCAGGUCUCUCCUACAGCUGUUUUACUGUAACUGGAAUGUGAAGGCCUGGUGCCCCUAA